UUCACUAGCAGCUCAGGCCUUGCAAUGCAUCAAAAAAUCCACACAGGGGAGAAGCCAUAUAAAUGUUUGGAGUGCGGAAUGAGCUUCGCUCAUGGCUCAAGUCUUACAUUGCAUCAAAGAAUUCACACUGGGGAGAAAUCUUAUAAAUGUUUGGAGUGCGGAAGGAGCUUUGCUCACAGUGUUAGCCUUACUACACAUAAGAGAACCCACACAGGGGAGAAACCAUAUAAAUGCUUGGAAUGUGGAAAGUGCUUCAGCCAGAGUUCACACCUUAGUUCACAUAAGAGAACUCACACUGGUGAGAAGCCGUAUAAAUGCUUUGAAUGUGGGAAGAGCUUCAGUCAUAGUUCACAUCUUACUGUGCAUGAGCGAAUCCAUACAGGGGAAAAACCAUAUAAAUGUGUGACAUGUGGAAAGAGCUUUAGUAACUCCACAUCACUUGUUAUCCACCGCAGAAUCCAUUCAGAAGAGAAGCCAUAUAAGUGCUUUGAGUGUGGAAAGAGCUUCCGGCAUGGUACAGGCCUUCAUAAACAUCAAAAAAUUCACAGAGGUGAAAAAACCGUAUGCAUGUUUUGA